GUGGAAAUAGGGGAAGGGGUCAGAUUUAUCCUGAUGGUAGCAAAAGUAACAAUACAGUUUAUAAUGCUACGGCAGGAGGGAUAAUAAGCAAAAUUUUACGAAAAGAAAAAGGGGGAUACGAAAUAACCAUAGUGGAUGCAUCGAAUGAACGCCAAGUAAUUGAUAUUAUCCCUCGAGGCCUAGACCUUCUUGUUUCAGAGGGCGAAUCCAUUAAACUCGAUCAACCAUUAACGAGUAAUCCUAAUGUGGGUGGAUUUGGUCAAGGGGAUGCGGAAAUA